AUGACUUCGAGCAAUGAUCUGGCGGCGAUGGCAGCCGCCGCCUCAGCUUUACAUAUACCUCUUUUGGGAGUCCGCCUGGAAGAAUGUGGUGGCUACGAUGAGGAAAUGGCGUCUGAUAUUGAACUCCUUGACGGUGAAAACGAGGAAAACAGCAAUAAGUCGACUUUGUGUGGGUUUCUUUUGGGAUGGAUCAUUCUUCCUAUUCUCCUCUUUGUGCAAUUUGGUCUGGCUUUCACCGACGAAGCCCAAUCAACACAGGAUCUCCAAUGGAAAAUUGUCAACUUCAGCAUUGCCUUAUUCGUCGUCACUUCAUGGCUCUUCCGACACGCAUGCAGGGACAUCAAUCCAUCAUCUCUAGCUAUCCCACUACUUCCCGAGAUGAUGAUGGGCAUCGUCUUGGGACUGGUCCUUUUCGGCAAGGUCGUCCUCGGUUUCUUCUUUCUAUUGGUCAGCAUGCUCUGCCUUGCUCUGUUUGUGGCAAUAAGCUGCCUAUGGCUCUUAUGGAAGGGCGUAGACACGAUCGUAUUAGAUACGAGCACAACCAAGGGUGGUGGUGUGCGAAUGUCGAGGACAUAA